AUGAGUAAAUUGAUCGGCAUGUUGUUAAAUGACAAGCAAGUGUAUGUUGGACCUUUCCUAAGAGGCAAGAAAGGGAUUCUAUUGGCUGUGGAGUCUCUCAAGGGAAACACGUUUGAUGAUAAGCAAUGGGUUGUUGAUAGAGCUCAGAAGAAGUCUGAAAGGGAAAUGGAACUAAAGGUUCCGUAUGAGCAGAGUUUGAAGGAAAUUGCUGACAAGUUUCAAAGUUAUAACUUCAGGGGCUCGGGUUUUGUAGCUUUUUCAACUCAAAACGUUACUAUCAGUGGAAUCUGUAAAGAUGUCAUAGAUGAAUCAGUUGCAAUGCCACCAUCUGUUGGUCCUCGUAUGCCAAUCUAUCCCCUUGGUAGUCCUGGAAUUAGAAAAUCAAUGUUUUAUGGUUAA